AUGUUCUCCGCCACCCCAACGUCGCAAGGCCCCGGUCACCACCGUCGUCAACUAUCGACUCCAGCAUUUCCCGAAGUUGCUACAUUCACAAAACCAGUCAUGGCCGGAAAUCCACCCCACCGAGCGCACCGACGCGGACAGACUGUGGACUACGGUUACGCACCACAGGUCUCCGCUGGCCGACAACCUGCGCCCAAGACGGUUCCAGAGCUUCGGGAUUAUUUUAACGAAAAAUCAGGUUACCCGCGUCAGGCGAGGCCUGCUCCUCAGCAGGUGCCUCCUUAUCUCCAGCAAGCACAGCAGCAUUUCAUCCCAAAUGGGCUGCCUAUGCAGGACGACGCAUAUCAAGCAUAUCCGCCGUCGUGGACAUGGAGCCGAGAAGAGCUUCAAGAACUCUACCAAGCUUCGGCUUCCUCCUCUUCCCCGGCACCAUCUAUUGCUCCGGCUCUCUCAAGAUCCGCCAGCGAAUGCUCAGACAAACAAUCACCGUUGAAGACUGCCCUGCACCGUAUGCACCAGGAGCAGCAGCACAAUCUUUCGAUGGCCCAGCAAGCGCAAAUGGCUAGCUACCGGCCCAUGCAACACCUCUCUAUUCAACCAGAGGCGUUUUCUCCCAAAAUGGACCCAUAUUUUUCUUACACUUCCCCUCUUACCCCCGAUGCUACACCUUUGAAGAGUUCGUUUGAUUUUCCCAUGUACAGCAAUGAGCAUACCCCCACCAAGUCCCAGAGCUUUUCCUACCCCCGUACCCCCGUCAGCACUGAAAUGCAGAGAGCCCACUCCCUCCAGAGCGUGUCUUUGUCAAGCCCAAUCCCGUCCAGACAUCAGGUACCCUCCCCUGCCGAAUCCUCGUCAAUUCCUUACACAGAAAUGGCGGCGAUGCCGUCCCCCAGCCAUGUCGAUGUGAAUGAGACGCCAUCCACCGGUCGACGUCAGAGUCGUACCAUGUCUCCGGCGUCUUCUCCUAUGUCUGAGCACGAGCCGCAGGCUGGGGGUCUCAGCGAGGUUGACCUCGAUGCCCGAGUCAGAGCGUCCGUUCGGAACACUGGAAUUUCUAGCGAAAAGAUUGCCGAAUACAUUUCUGGCCCCGAUUCCAAGGAUGGCAAAUAUGUGUGCAUGUAUGAUGGCUGCAAUUGCCGCUUUGGUCGCAAGGAGAACAUCAAAUCUCACGUUCAAACCCAUCUCGAUGACCGCCCUUAUCAGUGCGACGUCUGCGACAAGCUUUUCGUCCGAGGCCAUGAUCUGAAGCGCCACCUCAAGACACACACCGGCAAGAAGCCCUUUGAGUGCCUCUGCGGUGCUAGCUUCGCUCGGCACGAUGCCCUCACUCGCCACCGUCAGCGCGACAUGUGCGUCGGUGGUGUGACCGGCUUCGUCCCCAAAACCACCCGCCGUGGACGCCCGCCAAAGAAGAGCCGCCCUGAUAUGGAAACUCGCCAGACCAAGUCUACCCGAACCCGUCAGCGUGUCGCUGAGAAGGCCCCAUCUGUGUCAUCUGUCAAGCUAGAGGAUGCUUCCCUUCCUGUUUUCAACUCGCCCAACUACGCCCCGUCUACUGCCAUGUCUUCCUACACGCCGCCUACUUCACCAGGACACGCCCAGUCUCCCAACCACGUUGGCACCUCGCUCAUCUCCCACCUCGAGGACGACAUGCUUCCACCUCCGUUGUCGCCCCCUCAAAUGGCGCACGUCAGAUAUGAGCAGGCCAUUUCCCAAUUCGUCCCUAGCCUGGCUGCGCAGCAGGAGAACUUCUACAGCGAUCCCGCUCUUUCUCCUCAUGAAAUGUCAUCACCACACACUGCUCCUACUCUCGAUGAGUAUACUUCCGGCUCGGAGAUUGACCUGUUUAUCAGCCAAGAUUCCUCCGAGCAGGUGCGUGACGAAUUUGCCAACAUGACAACGAACGGAAUGUCCGAUUUCUCCACUGGCUACUCCUUUGUCGACUCAGCUGGUUUCCCACCAUCGUCAAUGUACUCCACUUUCCCCGAGAAGACCUUUUCCGGUCUUACCAACCUUGACGAAUCCUACGUGGACCAGAUCGACACGCUUUCUCAGGAAUUCCUCAAUGAUCCUUAA